AUGCAAUAAUUGUUACAAACAGAAGAAAUGAAAUGUAGAAAACAUUCGAAGGCUAAAGAAAAUUUAACUCUAGUAGGACAUAUUUAAGAUGAUAGACAACUUUUAUGUGAUUUAUGUAAUUAUAAUGGUCUAUGUUAAAUCAAAUUAUUGGAUUUGGAAAAUUUUUUACAGUAAUUCAACAACUAGAUCCAAUUUUUUCAUAAAGAAGCCAAUAACAUAAAUUUGCUGAUAACAGCUGCAAAAAAAAUAACAGAAUUAGUAUAAUAAAUAGAAAAAGGGUUAAUAGAAAUUGAUAAGAAAAUAUAAUAAAAAUAAAAAAUGAAUUAAACUAUUUAGUCAUAUUUAAAUUCUCCUUUGAAUGAGUAGAGAUUAAAAGAAUUAUUACAAUACCUAAAAAAUAACCAUAUAGAUGAUUAUAAGGUUAAGUCAAACAAAAGUAUGCUAGAGAAUGAAAUAUUAUAAUAAAGGAAGUACAUUUAAACUCUCAAUAUUAUUUAAAUGGCAUAGGAUGAAAUUAAUAAUAUCCUAGUUUAACAACCCUCCAUAAAUAAUGAAAAAGAAUAGACAUUAAAGUAAGUUUAUUUAUUUGAUAAAUAAGUGGAACAAGAUUUUGAUCAGCAAAUUUAAGUGUACGAUAUGCAAUUGAAUAAUACUGGAAUGCUUUUGGCUGUUGGUAGUAAUAGAAUAGAGAGUGAUGGCUGUUAUGCUUAAAUUUGGGAAAUUGAUGGAGGAGUCUUGAGGAAAUGUUGCUCUCUCAAAGGUCACUAGAGAGAAGUGAAAACGCUGUUUUUUAAUUAGGAAGAUACUGUUUUUACUGGUAGUGUUGAUUCAACUAUAAAAGUUUGGGUAAAAUAACAGAAUGAAAAUAAAUGGGAUUUAAAACAGGAUUUAGUCAAUUUUCAUUCUUUAGCAGUUAAUUGUAUUUAAUUACAUUACUCUAAUCCUAAUUUUUUUGCCUCAGGAAGCGAAGAAUUGAUAAUCUGGAAAAAGGACUUAUUAUAACAUGGCUAAUGGGUGUAAGAUUCCACAUUUAAAAAUAAUAAAAGAAUUAUAUCUGCUCUAAGUUUUACUGACAAAGGGAAUUUAUUGAUAGUAGGAAGUGAUGAUCGUUUAAUCUAAAUACUGGAAUUCGCACAUAAUUAAUGGAAGUUAAAGCAUAAAUUUGACCAAAACAAUAAAAUCAUGCAAAUCAUUCCAACAUAUAAUAGGGACUUUAUUUCAUUCUAGAUAGAUGGAGAAUAUACUGUCUGGAAAUGUAAGAGCGAAAAUAAUGAUAUAUCAUGGAAUUAGAUAUAGAAUAAGCAUGAAGGUUAAAUUAAAAAAUUGAGCUUUUCUUUGACCAAAAAACUUUUAGGUGUAACAUAUGAGGAUAAAAAAAUUAAACUCUUUCAAAUUGAACCUGAUGGUAAAUUAUCAGAGAAAUAACUUGAUAAUAAUGAAGGGGAAAUCAUGAUAAUGUCUUAUUUGUCACCCUCUAAAAUAGUUUCGCAAAAUCCAUUAAUAACUAAUGUAGGUAAGCAAGGUAACGGAAAUUAGGAUAUCAUGUUUCUAAAUGGUCCUAAAGUUCAAAGCCCUUUAAUAGUGGGAAUACAAGGCGGGUAGUAAGGAGGCUGGCAAUAAGGUGGAAUGUAAGGCUUUUAAUAGGGUGGAAUGUAAGGCUGGCAAUAAGGUGGAAUUUAAGGCUUGCAAUAAGGUGGAAUUUAAGGCUGGUAAUAAGGUGGAAUGUAAUUAGGCAUAUAAGGCUAAUAGUAGGUAAGCAUAUAAGGCUGGUAGUAAGGAGGAAAUUAAGGAUAUUUGAUGAAUUUCAAUCCAAAUUAACAAAAUGUCAAGGGAACAAUGGUAAAUGUAAGUAAUCCUGUUUUUAACCCUUUAAGAAUAUCAGAAAUGGCAAUAGAAUAAUCAAAAUUUGUGAAGGUUAGUAAAGGAAAAUUGCAAGUUUACUUAGAGAGAAGUAAACAAAGUUGA